AAGUUCGAGCGUGUGUAUGCGCAACUGACGAAGCGAACCGGUCGCUUGGCGCGGAGCGAAGCGAACUGGCGAUUUUUGAUUUUUUGAUGAGGCUCGCAGGCAAGUUCUAAAGGUGGGUCCAGACUUGAACAUUUUAGCCCGAACGAACAGAAAGAGCUGAGCGAGCAAAGCCGAAUUCGCUAAGUGUGGACUUGCGCCCGAGCCGAAUCUAACGAGCCGGAACGUUUUCCGGAGCUUGUCGGUAAAUCGGAAAUGCUCAAAGAGGUUUAUUGUUCGCCGAAUUAUUCAGUUGACGGAAUUAAUAUAGUUCGCGCGGUUCGCAGCAUUCGAGUUGUCUGUGUGUUUUGAAGGUACGGCAAAAAUAAGAAAGAGUUAUUUAGUUUUAUUAUUUAAAUAAUAAUUUGAUAAUGGAGUGGAAUAGGGAAGCAUGUUUAAAAUUAAUUGACAUUUAUGAACAAAACCCUGUGUUGUGGAAUCCCAAACACGGAUUGUAUUACAAUAAAAUAAAAAAGCAUGACGCCUGGGUGAAUAUUGGUCAAAACAUGCAGUGUGGUAGUGAAGAGGUAAAAAAGAAAAUGGAGAGCAUGUUGGCAAGUUUCAGGCGGGAAAAAUCCAAAGGCAAAAAAUCUGUUGGUACCGGUAAAGGUAGGCAAGAAGUGUAUAUAUCCAAAUGGUUUGCUUUCACCCGAAUGGCCUUUUUAUUAGACAGAGAUGAACCAACAGAAACAUUAACUUCUCUCAAUGAUGACACAGAAACGAUGGAGGCUGCUUCGCAAGAAGAUAUUGAGGAUUCCCUUGAUCAAUCUACAGAUAUAAAUGAUGAUCAUUCACAAAACGACAGAGGCAAUCUUGAUGAAAGCCAAACCGAACUUCAUCAAGUGAAAAGAACAUGUCGUGUAAACUUAAAAAAAGGAACAAAACAGAACAUAUCUCGGGAAGAUAGCACUAUUGCCGAAGCCUUUGGAAUGCUAAAAAGCGUAGUAGCAAAGGAAAAGCCCGCAGAAAUAUCCGAUAGUUGUACUGAUUAUGGAAAGCAUGUGGCAAAUAAGCUGAGAAAUUAUUCGGAGAGGACUAAAGCGAUAGUACAGUACCAUUUUAAUAAUAUAUUAUUUCAAGCUGACAUGGGUAAUUUUGAAAUAAAUAGAAAUGCAGCAGCUAUGAAUGUUGCUGCAAACUAUCAGAAUUCGUCCAUAACUUUGCCCACUGGUCACUUUACGACACCCAUUCCAACACCUUCUCCACAAGAAACGUCACAAAGUGAAGUUUCAUAUACUGAUUUGUCAACUCCGAUCAGCGAAGUUAAUGCUCAAGAAGAAACAGGUUCACUUGGAACAGCCUCUAAUUUCUUGAGCAACUGGCAAAUUGAACAUUACUAA